AAAUGUUAUGUGGUCGUCCAUUUUAACUGAUUUUCGAAGACUCUUCUUCUCUUCUCCCUUCUCAACCGCUUCGCUCCAACGCCAAACAUUCGCACCUUCAAAAUGAACUUAAUUCACACAACUUGCAUAAGCAAACCUCAAUUCGCACCUUCUCCGGUCUCUGUCCAUGGCGUGCCGCAAAGAAGCAAGAAACUCUCGGCGGUCAGAGUCUCUAAUUUUGCCGCGUCGACGACUGAAGUUGUCGUAGAUAACGGAACAGCCAGGAGGGGCUUAACGUCUUCGACCGACUCCAAGAAUAAGUCGUUACCGCCGGGGAAGUCUAGCAGUGCCAUGGAGCAACUUGAUAUCGAGCGCGGCGUUUGCAUCCCCUUUCGAAAGUACUCUCCCGAGACAGUGAGGAAUACGGUACUGGAAUCUCGAGGGGCAGUUGCAUCACUUAUUCUACGUGGUGUGGAGAUAGUGUGGAAUUUGGGGCUGUACUGGUCUUCUUUGAUGUACGAUUGUUUGGUUGGGAGGGAUAAAGAGGUUGUUCCAUUUCGAGCUCGCCAACUUAGGAAUCUCCUAUGUGAUCUCGGACCAUCUUUUAUCAAAGCUGGCCAGGUUCUUGCAAACAGACCUGAUAUUAUCAGAGAAGAUUAUAUGAAUGAACUUUGCAUUCUUCAGGAUGAUGUUCCUCCUUUCCCCAAUCAGGUUGCUUUUAACAUCAUAGAGGAAGAAUUGGGCCAACCCCUUGAAGCUGUAUUUAGCAAAAUUUCACCACAGACAAUAGCAGCUGCAAGUUUGGGUCAAGUUUACCGCGCAACCCUUCGUGCUUCCGGAGAGGAUGUUGCAAUUAAGGUCCUGAGGCCUCAGAUAGAACCGAUAAUCUAUCGUGAUCUUUUUCUGUUCCGAACGCUUGCCUCCUUUUUAAAUGGAAUUAGUAUACAAAAACUGGGCUGCAAUGCUGAACUGAUAGUUGAUGAAUUUGGUGAAAAGCUUUUGGAGGAGCUUGAUUAUACCUUGGAAGCCAGGAAUAUUGAAGACUUUCUUGAGAACUUCAAAGAUGAUCCUACUGUCAAAAUUCCUCGGGUUUACAAAUCUCUUUCUGGCGCACGUGUUUUGGUAAUGGAAUGGAUAGAUGGUAUUCGGUGUACUAACCCACAGGCUGUUAAGAAUGCUGGAAUCGAUGUAAAUGGAUUUCUAACAGUUGGAGUAAGUGCUGCUCUUCGCCAGUUGCUUGAAUUCGGGUUAUUUCAUGGAGAUCCACACCCUGGAAAUAUUUUUGCCAUGCGAGAUGGACGAAUUGCUUAUGUGGACUUUGGAAAUGUGGCUGAGCUUAGUCAGCAAAAUAAGCAGAUAUUAAUUGAUGCUGUUGUCCAUGCUGUUAAUGAGGAUUAUGCUGAGAUGGCAAACGAUUUUACCAGGCUUGGUUUCUUGGCUAGUGGAACUGAUGUCUCUCCUAUUAUUCCAGCUUUAGAAGCCAUAUGGCAGAAUUCUGCUGGAAAAGGGCUCUCUGAUUUUAAUUUUCGAAGUGUUACUGGGCAAUUUAAUAAACUGGUUUACAACUAUCCCAUCCGGAUCCCAGAGAGGUUUUCCCUCGUUAUCCGUUCUUUACUGACUCAGGAGGGCAUCUGUUUUACCCUCAAGCCAGAUUUCAAAUUUCUUGAGGUUGCCUACCCAUAUGUGGCAAAGCGCCUUUUAACAGAUCCUAAUCCAGCUCUUCGUGAACGCCUCAUACAGGUUCUUUUUAAAGAUGGUGUUUUCCAGUGGAAACGGCUUGAAAAUCUUAUUGUCCUUGCAAAGGAAAAUGUGGCCAAAAUGAGUAGCAACCCUGCCUUGCGAGUGAGGAACGCGCCAAAUUCAAGAAGCUGGCAAAUUGAAAGAAAACUGGACCUGACAGACACCAUUAAAGAUGGAGCUCGUCUUUUCCUCUUUGAUGAAGGUAUCCGUAGACAGCUUCUUCUUGCUCUGACCGAAGACUCUAAGCUCCAUGUUCAAGAGCUGGUUGAUGUCUACAGACUGGUUGAAGAUGAGAUAGACAUACCAUCGGUGGCUGUGGAAAUUGUACAAGAUUUUCCAAACGUGGUUCGGGAUUUCUUGCUUUCAUGGAGCAACUCAGUGUUAUAUGAUAGAUGAUACAAAAUUUUACUGCCUGUAUGACAACACGAACUUGAGAAUCAUUUUGUCUUGAUGAGCUGAUCUGGAUUCAGUAAUCACCAGGAGUUGGUCAUCGAAACUGUGAAUACUGAAUGUUGUAUCAGAAAGAAUUGCUGCUCCUGUAUAUAUAAUUAUAUCCAUUCUUCUUGUAGGUUUUUAUUU